AUUGUUACGUUAGAAAUACGUAAGAAUGGUACAGCCAGUGUUUUGCGCAUUUAAAGUUUCGCUCUACUUCGGAAAUAAUGGCUAGAUCAGCUCAUACAGCUUUUUUGUUUCUGCUUCUCACUUUAGUUGGACUUGAACUAGUAUCGAGUCAGAAUAUCUGUCUCUUGAACAAGAAAACCGGACCAUGUCGGGCAAAUUUCCCAAGGUAUUAUUUUGACAGAGUAUCUGGACUGUGUACACGCUUUGUAUACGGCGGAUGUAGGGCAAAUAGAAACAACUUUAGAACCAUUCAAGAAUGUAAAAGGACAUGCGGUUGUACAGCUCCUCCACAAACUGGGCGAUGCAUGGCAAUGAUACCGCGUUAUUACUUCGACCAGCAAAGUGGACUGUGUUAUGAAUUUAUGUACGGCGGAUGCGGUGCUAACGAGAACAAUUUCAGGACCGAGGCGGAUUGCCUGACAGCUUGCAGUUAGGAAACAAACGCUGUAGACAAGAUAAUGCUCUUUGAAAAGACUUCACAUAAUGUCGUAACUUCUAGGCAAUAUAAAUAUCAAUAAGUAAUGCUUCGUGGGUUUUUUUUAAAACGACGUUUCAAGAUAUUAGAAAUAUAUACUGUUUUAUUUGACUUACCUCUUAUUGAUUUAUAAUGCUUAAUUAUAAUAUCUUAUUACAGGUAACCUUUGCGUAGCGAUUCUGGCAGCGAAUCUAAUUUGAAAUAUUUUGUUGUACAUGUUUCUUUUCUUGCGAUUUUUUCUGCUGACAAAGAGAGACCACUUCUUUUGUCAGAAAGCUCUUGAAAUCCCGUAUUUAAUUGAAGGCAAAUUUA